AUGGGGAGAGAUGAAACCGAGACGUACAUUACGGUGCCUAGCUUCUUCAAGUGUCCGAUAUCUCUUGACGUGAUGAGAUCUCCGGUUAGUCUCUGCACCGGCGUUACCUACGAUCGUGCCAGUAUCCAGAGGUGGCUCGACGGAGGAAACAACACCUGUCCCGCCACUAUGCAGGUUCUCCGAACAAAGGAUUUCGUUCCGAAUCUCACUCUUCAACGGCUUAUCAAAGCCUGGUCCGAUUCCGUUGGCCGUUACGCCGCUGGUUCUCCGGCUCCGAAUCGAAGAGUUCCGACGACGGAAGAAGUGAACGAGUCGUUGAGUAGACUGGGUCUAGAGAAGGACGAUGAGAUUCGUGUGGAGAUUCUGUCGAGGAUUGUUCGAUUCGUGAAGGAUUCCGACGCGAACAGAGCGUUUCUCUCUGGGAAUAACGAUUUCGCACCAAUGCUUGUGGAUAUCAUCGCCGCCGGCGAUGGAGGAAUACGCACGACGACGAAGAUCAAGCUAGUUCUUCUCGCAUUGAGGAUUUUGGAUGCUAUCAAGGGAGAUCGGGAACGGUUAUCGAAUCUGAUGUUGGCGAACGGUGGCGGUUGCUUGACGGCGAUUCUCCUGGCGAUUCAGAGCGGGAAUCUGGAAUCGAAGAUCGAAUCCGUCAGGGUUUUGGAGUGGAUCGCCUCCUCCGACGCUAAAUCGAAGCUGGUGAUCGCAGAGCGCGACGGGAUUCUACAAGAGCUGAUCAAAUCAAUCGGCACUGAGUCCGAUCCGAGCUUGAUCGAAGCGAGUUUAUCUCUCCUAAUCACAAUCUCGAAAUCGAAACGCGUGAGAUCGAAACUAAUCGCCGCGAAAACAAUCACGAAGAUCAAAGACAUUCUCCUCACGGAGACGACAAGCGUAGCGGUGGCGGAGAAAUCGGUGAAACUGCUAGAGAUGCUGUCGUCGAAGCGAGAAGGGAGAUCGGAGAUUUGCGGCAGCGACGGAGGCAGAUGUGUGGAAGGAGUGGUGAAGAAGAUGUUGAAGGUAUCGACGACGGCGACGGAGCACGCCGUGACGAUUCUGUGGUGUUUGUGCUACGUUUUCCGGGAAGAUAAGACGGCGGAGGAGACGGUGGAGAGGUGCAACGGCGUGACGAAGCUUUUAGUGGUGAUUCAGAGUAACUGCUCGCCGAUGGUGAGACAAAUGGCGAAAGAUCUGAUUAAAGUGUUGAAGCUUAAUUCAUCUGCAUCUGCUUUGGCUACUUACGAGACCAAGACCACUCAUAUUACGCCAUUUUGA